UACUGUGCCAUUCCUUUAUUGGCACAGUACAGAAGUACAGAUAAUGGAUUCUGAAUUAAUGCACAGUAUAGUAGGAAGCUAUCUUAAACCUCCAGAAAGAGUGUUUGUUCCAUCAAUCACCCAGAGUGAUGAAUCAUCUCAGACUCACUAUUCUGUGAACUUAGAAGUUACCUCUCCUAAAAUGCUUCAUGGUCCAAAUAGCCAAGCUCUUAUUUUAGCCUUAAAAACUCUUCAGGAAAAGAUUCAUCGUUUAGAGUUAGAGAGAACACAAGCUGAAGAUAACCUGAACAUUCUUUCCAGAGAAGCGGCACAGUAUAAAAAGGCCUUGGAGGAUGAAACAAAGGAGAGAAAUCUGGCACACGAGGAACUGAUAAAGCAGAAAAAAGAUAUAAGUAUGCAGUUAAGCUCAGCCCAGUCUCACUGUACCCUUCUAGAGAAACAACUAGAAUAUACAAAGAGAAUGGUUCUCAACGUAGAGCGAGAGAAGAAUAUGAUCCUAGAACAACAGGCCCAGCUUCAAAGGGAAAAAGAGCAGGAUCAUAUGAAGCUGCAAGCAAAACUUGAAAAGCUUGAUGUCUUAGAAAAAGAAUGUUUUAAACUUACAACAACUCAGAAAACUGCUGAGGGCAAGAUUAAACAUUUAGAGGAAAAACUAAAGGAAGAAGAACAUCAGCGUAAGCUCUUUCAAGACAAAGCUUCUCAGCUUCAAACUGGACUUGAAAUCAGUAGAAUUUUGAUGUCUUCAGUAUCAAAUCCAAAGCGCUCCAAGGAAAAGAAGAAAUCUUCAAAGAAAACUAAAUGUUUAAAGAGAGGACCACCUCAGCAAAUUUAUUCAAAGUUUGGAUCACUGCCUAUUGUGGCUGAGAAGUCUGCCAGUGCAGGCCAUUCCAGGAAUGCAAGUACACAAAACCUGCAGACAAUGCAACAUUACAGGCCACAUAUCCUUCAGAAACUGGCUGAAGUUUCUGAACCUAGAUGUCUCUACAAGCCUUCUAGAAAAACUUCUCAAUGUGAAGCUGUACCUUCUGACUCAGAAAAGUCCAUUUCCAUUUGUAACAAUUUGUCUGAACUUUUGAUGGCAAUGCAAGAUGAGCUGGACCAAAUGACUAUGGAGUACCAAGACCUGCUGAAUCAAAUGAAAGAAACUGAAAGCCAAUCAGUCUGUGAAAACAUAGAAUGUGAACUAGAACAUUUAGUCAAGAAAAUGGAAAUAAAAGGAGAACAAAUUUCUAAACUAAUGAAGCAUCAAGACAGUGUCCACAAACUGCAGCAAAAAGUUCAGAAUUUGAAGAUGAGUGAAGCUUCAGCUAUUCAGAAAGAAGAUAGCAACUGUAAAGGAUCAAAGAACAUAAAAAAUAGCCCCAGAAAAUGUUUGCUAACUAACUCUCCUCAAAAGAACAGCAACUUUCGUCCAAUACGAGUCCAUAAUCUUCAAAUGAAAUUGAGAAGAGAUGAUAUCAUGUGGGAACAGUAACACAGUAAAAACUGUCACCUUAAAUGAACUUUGUCAGUGAGAUCUUGAACUAUCUAAAGUGGUUUUAAUUUAAUAUACCUUUAUGAAAUUUUGAAUUAUGUUUCUAGCCUCUAUAAAGUGUCAAAAUUGUAGUAUUUUAAAAUUAGUGCCUAAUGACCUCCUAAGAGCCCCAAAUAAUAAAUGAUUGCUUUCUUGUU